GUGACAGGAAGAGCAAUUGGGGACACCUUUUCGGAAGUGUUACUCUGUUCUAGGUUGGGGAGGGGGCUGGGUCAGUAAUGAAGUUUGCUGUGUAGCUGGAGUCCCACAGCUUUUGGGACAAGAAAUUACUUAGAGCAGCUCGGGCGGCGGGAGGAGUGGUAGCGGCCAGGCAGCCCAGCUUCGCGAAGGCUCUCGGUGCGCGGCGGCCCCCAUGCAGCCGGCACGUGCCCGCCCCGCCGCCACGAUGCCCAAGAGGAAGGUCAGCUCCGCCGAGGGGGCGGCGAAGAAGGAGCCCAAGAGGAGGUCAGCUAAACCUGCUCUUGCAAAAGUGGAAACGAAGCCAAAAAAGGCGGCGGGAAAGGAGAAAUCUUCAGACAAAAGAGUGCAAACAAAGGGGAAAAGGGGAGCUAAGGGAAAACAGGCUGAAGUGGCUAACCAAGAAACAAAAGAAGACUUACCUGCAGAAAACGGAGAAACUAAAAACGAGGAGAGUCCAGCCUCUGAUGAAGUAGGAGAGAAAGAAGCCAAGUCUGAUUAGUAUCAUAUCCCAUGUCUUACCAGUGGUCCCUGUCUCCCUUCUUGUACAA